AUGACGCAGAAAGCUAAAAUUUUUAGCGUAACAAUAUUAUUUGUAGUAACCUUCUUACAGUUGUCAAAUGCAAUACACCCUGACACUAGAUGCUCGCUCGCCGAUUCCCCGUGUUUAACCAAGCAGACUCAAAAGAAGUUAAAGGAAUUUGUUAAUGGAAACCCCAAACUUGGUAUUCAGCCCUUGGACAAAGUACCCCUAGACCCUAUAAUAGUAGCAGCUGAUAAUUUUUUUUUCAAUUGGACCGAUGUAAAAGCAGGAGGGUUGAAAAAUGCGAUUAUUGACAAUGUUAGCAUAAAUAUGGAUUUAAAAACCAUGCGAGUUUUAUUUCACACAGAUAUUAUUCUGGAAUUUUAUUCUGUAUUGGACGGAGUUUUAUUAUCUGUAUUACCUGUUAAUGGAAGUGGCAGAGGAGACCUAACUCUGAAAACAAUGCAAAUGGAGAUACUGUUCGUAUUUGAUAUUAUAAAAGAUGAAAACGGAAAGGACGUUAUGGAUUUGAAAACCUAUUACUACGGAUACGAUACAGCUGAUGGCGUCAUCUCUCGAUUAGAAAAUUUAUACAAUGGAGAUAAGAAAAAGAGUGAUCUACUUCAUAAUUUAGUAAAUGAAAGUUGGAGGAUUAUGGUUAGCAACUUUGGUGCAUUCUUCCAAAGGAAAAUUACGAGUAAAAUUUUUGAUGCAGUGAAGAUUUUUAUGCGUUCACGACCUUUGGAAGAACUGGCUUUGUAUUAA